ACAGUAAAUCAUUUACGUGUCGCCGCGACGGCGACACUGACACCAUUCAAAUUUCACCGUUCACAACUUCACACCACGGCUCUGUGCUCACUGCUCAGCGUUCGUUGGCGUUGUUGCUCGCUUGGCAUUUAGAGCUCGUUGUUCAUUGUAGCCAGUCCUUGUUGUUUGUGUUUCUUAUCAAGGUUUCCAGUGCAGAUUUGAUUUUGUUGGGUGAGCGGGUGAAUCAACGUUGCGUUUGUGUUAUAAGUGUUGUAAAAGCUGGAUGGGAGUAGUUGUGGAAGAUUGAUCAUUAAUUUAUCUAUCCGAACUUGAUCUGUCGCUGCGAGGUUCGAUCGCUGCUGCAUUAAUCGUAGCCGCGAGUCUCUGACAUCCCGAGUGCGGAAAGCGGGCUGAUUUCCCGUCGUUCGUUGGUUGAUAGUUGAGCUGACAGGAAUUAGCUGUUGUAAAGUGUUGUUGACAGUGUUGGGGCGACUGUGCGGAUCGCGAAGUGGUCGCGAGGAUCCCUUGGAUAUAGUAUCAUAGUUGGAUAGUACUGUCGUGCAGCUGUGCAGUGUGCACUCCUGAUUCCAUCGUGAUCCUUCCCACUUGCAGCUCGCAGGGGGCGGAUUGAAAUUACAAUGACGAGAAUUACGCUGGACCUGCUGCGCAAGCGCUGCGAACACAACGACGGCCUCAUCCACACCGUCCAGGAGCUGGCGCUCCACCAGGACAACCUCGAAGAAAUCGACGACAUCGGGCGGUGGUGCAAGGACCUCAAGAUCCUGUAUCUGCAGGGCAACAGCAUCCAGAAAAUCGAGAACCUGAACCGGCUGAAGGCGCUGGAGUACCUCAAUCUGGCCCUCAACAGCAUCGAGCGCAUCGAGAACCUGGAGGGCUGCGAGUCGCUGCAGAAGCUGGACUUGACGGCCAACUUCAUCGGCGACCUGACCUCCGUGGAGAAUCUGCGCCAGAACGCCUGCCUCGACCAGUUGUUUCUGACGGGUAAUCCGUGCGCGGAGUUCGACGGUUAUCGCCAGUACGUCGUCGCCGCGUUGCCCCACCUCAAGGUGUUGGACGGGCAGGAAGUGAGCCGGACGGAGCGGAUCGCGGCGCUGCAGGAGUUCCUGGAGAUCAAGAGCCGCGUGAUCAAGCAGCAGCACCUGUACAAGACGAAGCGGGUGCGUUCGCUGUCGCUGGCCACCGACGCGCUGCUCUUUCGCACGCCUAACUGAGUCGAGAAUGUGAUUGACGGGGCUUCCUUCUCUAAGGACGCCCAGCGCGCCGACAACGAACGGCAGCUGUCCGCGGCGGAGGACGUGCAGCGGCUGCCCUGGUCGCCCGAGUACCGCCGCCAGAUGACGCGUCUGCGCGCCGCCGCCCUCGGCCAGACCGCCGCCGCUAGACACAAAUCAUGCAAGGCGGUUCUGUGUGGCGCAGAAGCCGAAGAACGGACCGUCAAGCUGGUCAGCAAGUCCGGUCAAAUACUCAAUGUUAACGAGGCUAGGCUGGAAUAUCAGUUGAAUGAUGACGAGGAAAACUGUCAGUUUUUGCUCGAUGUGCCUAUUUACCGGCAUUUGGAUACGUCGUUAAUCGACGUGGAUAUCCAAGCCAACUAUGUGAGAAUCACCGUAAAAGGGAAGAUUCUGCAAUUGAGAAUGCCCGAAGAAAUUGCGGCCAGUCAGAGCAGUGCUCAGCGCUCGUCUACGAGCGGUCAUUUGGUGCUGACGCUGCCCAAGGCUGAGGCAGCCAACCGAACUGCGCAGCGGGUCAGCGCAACCAUGAAGGCCCGCGAUGCCCGGCCAGUGGCCAGUUCCGGUGAGAAGUGCGCGGCUGCCAUAGGGAACACGGCAGUGGAGAAUGCGAGCAGGACGAGCAACACGUUGCUGGAAGUGGAGCCGUCGGCGAAGCAGAGCUGCAGUCUGCACAUCUGCUCCCAGCAGCGCACUCUCGCAGAACACCCACUACAUUCCAGAUUUUCCGCGCCGGUGCGGAAUCGCCCGGACUCUCCCGGCUUCGCCGACAACGGCGACGUGCCACCGCUUGGAUGAAACUGCACGGGAUAAUGGCUCAUUUUAUCCAUCCUUUAUUCCCUUUAUUGAUAUUUUAUAAUCGAUAAUAAUUUUCUCGUUAAUAUUGCACAGUCAAGCGCACAUAUUUUACACACUCUCAUCAGCAGGUUUAUUCCAAACUGACUGGUUUAACUUUAACUACACACAUGCUCCCACAAAACACCAUACCAAGAAGGAGCUUUUUUUGACUAGCACAGUUUAAUUCAGGACCAGCGUGUAAAUACCGUAGUCUGCAGACUGAUAUCACGGUGCGGGAGCGGAUUAGAAGGCGCAAGUGGGGUGGCGCGGCCGCAUGUGGCAGACCAUACGGUGCCGACAAGCCGCGUCACACCCGGCGUUCACCGAGGUGUCGUCCGACUUCCAGUAAUACCUGUCCAAAUUAAAAUCACUUAGAAAAAGGCUUACAACGUCUAGCAGUGCCAGUACAAUCUGACCGGAAGAAGGUCUGGAAUUUGGCGUCGUCGCGCUCGAACUCGUCGAGCAGGGCGUUCCAGUUGCGCGGCUCCAGCUGCUCCAGUCCGAAGGCCUCCUUGGCGCUGUACUCCUUGUACCACACGGGGCCCACUUCCGGCUGCAGGUUGGCCGCCGUGAUGUUGGCGAUGUAGGUUUCAUGGUCCAGAACCGCCUGAAUUAAGGGAACUUUUCGUUGCAACCGGCGCAAAUAAAGACCGUCGCGCGCUGUCGCUUACCCAGGAACUGCCUGCGUAGUCGCCGUCGAUAGUAUACACGCGGAAUCCGGGGUUUUGUCCGGUGUAGGUAGUCACACUGGGCCCCACAUAGACGGCGCCGGUGGCGCGGUUGGGGAAGUCGGGAUCGAAGUAAAGAUGAACGUUAUCCUUGUGUUCGUGGCCGUAGAAUUGCGCGCGGAUCGUGCCUUGGUACCUGUUAUACAACCAGUCAGAAUUCAGUCAACACAACAUGUCGGUAUAUCAACUAAACCGUACCGGGCGACAAUCUUGAGGUAGUUGUCGGUCCAGGUGCGCAUGCAGUCGCCGCUGCCGGGCGGCAGGUGCCCGAUGAUGUGCACCGCGUCGCCGGCGGUCUCGGCGGCCUGCAGUUCGUUGAUGAGCCAGGCCAGUUGGCCGUUGGGGUCGGUGGUGUUCAUGAGGAGGAAGAAGUUCAUGUUGUAGCAGUAGUUGUUGUUCAACGAGAUGAUGCGCAGGCCCGGGUACGGGUUGAUGCGGUAGUACGCGCCCCUGCCGAUCAAGUUUAAUUAUUUCUACUUAAGGUCAACCAACGUGUCCACGGCUGUGAAGCGUCCUUACGCUGUGACGGUCCUGAGGGCGUCCUGCGGCAGCCAGUCCUUCCAGGCGUCGGCCAGGGCGUCGUACAGCCAACCGAUGGUGUUGGAGCCGCCGACAUUGGGAGGCGGGAAGCUGCAGCAUCCAGCGUUAACAACUGCAGUGGUGAUUAAUUGCAACUAGACACUAUCAUUAAUGUGGCGAGGGGCCUACGUGUUGCAGGGAGCGCUUUCGUGGUUGCCGACGACGGGGUAGACCGGCGUGUUGGGGAAGUGGCGCUUGAGGUACUCCACCGUCAUGUCCAGCACCGCCAGCUGCUGCGCGCGGCUCUGCUUCCAGAUGGUGUGGUCGGGCAGGUCGCCGGUCAUCAGGAUGUAGUCGAACUAUUUAUACACCGGCAGUGCAAUUAACUACACGUAGUUAUUUAAAUUCAGUGGGUAAACUAUCGUAUUUAAAUAAUUUACAUGAUCAUUCUUGGCAAUCCAGCUGAACAUGUUGUCCACCAGGUGUGCCGGGACGUCGCACUUGCCGCUGUCGCCCCAUUCACCGGCCGCUCGUCCCACAACAUCUGCGAAAAGCGAAUCAAAUCAGCUUACCA